AUGUCGGCAUCUACAACUACGGUCACACGGCCGCUCUCGGCAUACAGCCUCAACUAUCCUGGCGCUUUUACGUCGUCCUCAAAAUCCAAGGCGGUCGAAGCCGCUGAUCCGCCUGGCUUCAUCGAUCCUGAUGCGGUGCAGAAGCGUCAGAGCAAGGCCAAGGCAAGCGACGCAGUGGCGGACCGGGCGGACCCCUCGGCGCUCAAGAUGGCCAAGGCGUGGGAGCUGGCCUACUCGCCCGCUAAGUCCCUGCCGAUGAACGCCAUCAUGCUCUACAUGAGCGGAGGCGGCGUUCAGAUCUUUAGCAUGAUGGCCGUCGGGAUGCUCAUCACCGGUCCCAUCAAGGGCGUCAGCGGCAUGAACACUGCGUUUGCAAGGUACGCCUCGCCAAGCCACUCGCUGCUGCUGCCCAAGGCCGUCUUCAUCCUCUGCCAGCUGGCGGCCGUCGCCUUGGGACUGUACAAGUGCUGGAGCAUGGGUCUCCUCCCAACAGAGAGCAGCGACUGGCUCGCAUGGAGGGAGCCAAGAGAACCCCUGGAGUUCACCCCGAUUCGACCCUGGUAG